ACUCGCGCCGGCGUGUACACUUCGGUGCCUACCGACAAAAGUGGCUCACCACAAAUAAAGACAUAAACUAAAACAACUGGCCGUCUGGAAAAGUAACAGCUGUUGUGCUCCACAAUGAGCGACGACACAGACUCCCCUCCUGAGAGGGAAAUGAAGGAUUUUCAGUUUCGACAUAUGAAGAAAGCCAGAGUUUUUGAUGCCCCGGAGGACUUGCCAAAAGAAAGAUCUAGUCUGCUUACCAUCUCGAACAAAUUUGGUUUAACUUUUGUUGGGCUCAACAAUACAUUCAAAGUUUACCAAACUCGAGAUAUACUUGCUGCUGAUAGAGCUGAUGGAAACCCAAAUGAAAUAGUCAAUGGGAUAACAGCCUUGGCAGAGGUGACUGUGGAACUGGCUUUGCACAACUUGGCUCUCAGUUGUGAUGAUCUUACCUUGUCAGUAUGUGGAAUGUCUGAGGGGGCGGGCUUAUCCCUCACUUUCUAUGAUGUCCGAACCUUUAUGAACAAGGAGAGACUACAUAAGUUACCCUUUGCAUCACUGCAGGCAGCUGUACCCUCUGGCACUGUGGUGCAGGACCUGAAGUGGAAUCCCGCACAGGCAACUACUUUGGCCGUCUGUCUGUCUGAUGGCAGUAUGAUGAUUUUGGAUGUUACAGACAAUGUCAGAGUGCAAGCACAGCUACCUGCUUCAAGUGCCAUCACCUGUAUUUGCUGGAGUCCAAAAGGAAAACAAGUUGCUGCUGGAAAAAUGAAUGCCACCGUCAGUCAGUAUACUCCAACAUUAGAAGAGAAGAAAGUUAUCCCUUGUCCACACUUCUAUGCCUCUACAUCUGAUGAACCUGUCAAAGCUCUGGAUGUGCUGUGGCUGAAAACCUAUGUGUUUGCUGUGGUAUAUGCUGCUGCAGAUGGAUCCCUCGAGACCCCUCCUGAGCUCGUGUUGAUCUCCCUCCCUAAAAAGGAUGAGAAGGUGGAGACAAAGUAUCUGAAUUUCAGUGACACGGUUUACGGCAGCUGCACUGAGCGACUACACCACUACUUCCUUAGCCACAUCGAGGACUGGGACCUUGUGUUUGCAGCAUCAGCGGCUUCCAUUGAGGUCAGCGUCAUAGCCCGACAAGACGAUAAGAUUUGGGAACUUUGGAUCCUGGAAGAUGCAAGUAGAGCUGAGCUGCCAGUGACAGAGACAAAUGACGACACUCUUCCCCUUGGCUUUGCCUUAGACUUCACCAGCCAGCAGGAGAUCCACAUCACUGAUGAGAAGACCUUACCCCCAGCACCCACCCUGCUAAUGCUGUCCACAGAAGGAUUACUCUGUCCAUUUGCUCUGCUCAACCUCAAUCCUGGGGUUAAGCAACUGGUCUCAGCUCCUGGCCUGCUCCCUCUGCAAGGCGAGAGACUGCCCAAGCCAGGUUCAUUAUCAACUCAACCACCAAAAAUUACUGCCUCCAUCCCUUCUCUGCCUUCCACAUUCCCAAACCUUGGUCUUAUGCCAGCAGCUGCUUCCACUCCUCCAGCCCCUGCAGCCGCUUCCCCUGCUGCUCCAUUCAGUUUUGCUUCUACAGCUCCUUAUCCAGUGUCAUCAUCUUCAUCAAGUUUCACUUUCUCAGUCCCAACUACCUGCUCCACUUCAGUGCUUCCAGCUUUCUCCCUGGGGGGAACCACACCCUUUGGCUCAGGAUCCUCUGGCUUUUCCUUUACCUCCAAACCUCCGUCAGACACUCCCUCAGCACCUUCAGCAUUUUCCAUCAGCACCCCUUCCAUCAAACCAUCAGCAAUGGCAGCCCCAACACCGCAAAAUAUUGCCACUGCUUCCCCACAAACCGUAAAACUGAAUCUAAAUGAGAGGUUUACAGCAGUGGAUACAUCAGCACAAGCCCCACAGUCUUUUGCCUUCAAUCCUCCACUACCCAAACCAGUUGUCUCCAGUUCCAGUAGUUUGACAGGUCCUGCACUCUCAUCCAAUAAGCAACCAGCUGUAUUAACUCCAGUGUGUCCAGUUCAAACAAGCACGCCAGUCACAGUCGUCCAGAAACCGACUCCUGCCGCCCAGGGGCGUGUACAAGCUCCACAGGCAACUGUUAGUGCAAAGGUGGUGGAGAAGCAGCCACAGCAAAAGAAAGAAUCGGAUCAUAUUAUGGCUGGUAUACUGGAAGAGAUUGCACACUUCCAAAAGGAGUUGGAUGACCUUAAGGCAAGAAGUGCAAAAGCGGACUUCAAGGUCGGCAGCAAUGACGAGAUGAAGGAGUUGAGGAAGGAGUCGGAGGAUCUCCAUAUUUUCACCCUGGAGAUUAAAGAAACUACAGAGUCUCUCCAUGGGGAUGUUGGUACUCUGAAGACCACCUUACUGGAAGGCUUUGCUGGGGCAGAAGAAGCCGUUGCCCAGAGUGAGCUGAGCAAAGACAAAAAUUACAGACAGCUGUUGUACAAAAAACCUCUCGACCCACGCAGUGAAGAGCAGCUCAAGGAGAUCCGCAAAUUGUACCAGUAUGUGACGUUUGCUGUGGAAGAUGUUAAUGAUGUAUUGAAUGUGGAAUGGGAAAAACAUUUGGAGAAGAAGAAAAAGCCAAAACACAUGGUUGUUCCAGGUCGUGAGAGCCUGUUCAAUACACUGGCCAAUAACUUGUACAUCAUCAACCAGCAAAAGAACAGACUGGACCAGUUGGUUAAGGAGCUCACUUCAAUGCUGCUCUACAACAAUACCACUACUCCAGCUACAAUAAAUGAUUCUGCUGCUGCAGCAGCAACUGCUGGUUUGGAAAGCGAGCUUGAGAGUUUAAGGGAUGCUCUUCUGAAAGCCAGACUGGAUACGACCCCUCAGAAGGCCAAAUCCAAAUCUACAGUCAAGAUUUCACCAGUCAAACAGUCCCAGUUGCGCAACUUCCUCUCAAAGGGGCAGAUGCCUCCUGUCCGCUCAACUGCACCAGCCAACCUGUCUCGAUCAGCCUUCCUUUCACCUAAAUACUAUGAGGACUUGGAUGAUGUGAGCUCUACGUCUUCACUGUCCCAGUCCCUGGACCCCGAUCCAUCUCAUUUGGAGCCAGAGGAGGAACUGCAGCCAGAACCUCUCCCCAUGACUGUCUUAGCCCCAGUACUGUCAACCUCUCGCCACCCAACUGUUGUGAGGACCCCGUCUAUUCAGCCAGGCUUUGGCGCAAUCCAGUCUACUCCUUUAAAUAAAAUUCACUCACUGCAGGCUAUGGGCUUUGGGCUCAGCCCGAUUGCCAGCCCCGUUCCAACCAAUAAAAUCAACCUCAGUGGAGCCGAGAGCACUGCUCUUGCCACAAAGACGGUGAAACACGGAGCCCCGCCAACCGAGAAGGCCGUGCCUGUCACCGUCUCUGCCCAGCAGGCUGCAGCUACUGCUGCUUUACGCAGGCAGAUGGCCAAUCAGAAAAUAGCAGUUGGUGGGACUUCACUGACAGAGUCCACAUUGAAGACUGUUCCUCAGGUGGUCAAUGUUCAAGAACUCAAGGAGAAAGUGCCAGUUGUGUCGAUCUCUAAAAUAAUCGGCUCGUCAGUUCCAGAUUCAGCAGCCCAGGUCUUUGCUACAGUUUCUUCCUCUCAGGCUAAACGAACUCCUAUCCAAGGUACCCAGACAAUUUCCACCGAAAGGGCAGCCACCCCACAAACGAACUUUGUGUUUGGUCCACCGUCCAAAGCGGAUGUUUCUGUGGCUCCUGCUUCAACAGUGGAUCAAAGCUCUAGCAAAAGUUUCUCCUUCACGUCAGGGUCCUCAGGCUUCAGUUUUGCUUCAGUUGCACAAGGAGGUGGAAUAUCACAAGUAAAGGAUGCAAGUAAAUUUUCCUUGACUGGAAAUGGCAAGAUGGCUUUUGGACAGACUGGUGAGGAGGCAUUCUCCUUCAUCUCUAAAUCCACAUCCCCUGCACUACGUAUUGCAUCCCCCACUAUUCCUCCAACCCCAGCAGGAGAGGUAAACAAACCUGCCACUACCACUGCCCUCAGGAUAGAGCCACAGCCCCCAAAGACAAUUGGAGGUGAGACAUUGGGCAGUUUCUCCGGACUACGUGUAGGCCAAGGAGAGGAAGCUAAAGACACCACAAAAACUACACCUGCCUCAUUUUCCUUUGGGGAAAGUGGAUUUGGAAUGGGCAAGGGAGCAGCACAAUUUAGCUUUGGUACAGUUGUCCAGAAGUCUGCAGAAGAUUGUACAGGGGCUGAUUUGUCCAAGGGGGCAUCACGUAGUUUAUUUAGACCACCUGAACCAAAUACAAAGCCUGCCUUCUCUGUUCCCCAGUCCAGCUCGACUGCUUCAGCUUUACCUACAUCUUUCAGUAGUCUUCUUGCAGCACCUUCAGACUCCUCAGAGGAACCAAAAGGUCUUUCACAGCCUUCAGAACUCACACCAUCCUCUGUAAAAGAAUCUGCUUCUGAAUCUCGCGCUGUAGAGAGUGCCAGUGCCCCAGUUGUACCUGACCCCGCAACAGUCACAGAAACAACAGUCACCAAACCAGCACCCAUAGCAGCAGAACCAUCACCUGCUCUGCCUUUGGCAACACCUGCUCCUAUCCCAGAACCUUCCUCCUCCAUUACUGCACCUGCCGAAGUAUCCGCUCCAGCAUCAGUCAGUGCUGCACCCUCAAUACAAGUCACCAUAGACACCACCACCACCACCACUACUUUUUCCUCCACUGCUCCUGUGCCCACUUCAGCCGCUGCCACCUUUGGUGUGGCACCUGUCUCCCAGGUAGCACCAGCUGCAUUCCAGGUUCCUAAUUCUGACAACCCAGGUGCCAUUUUUACCCAGCCUACUCUUGUGAAAACAGACAGCAGCUCCAUUGGAGUCACAUCAGUUAUCAGUACAGUUGCCAGUGCAACCACCACUCCCACCAUCACUGCAACAGCUACUACUGCAAGCACUGUAUUUGGGCAAUCUGAUGCACCCCCAGCUUCCUCUGCCCUCUCUGCCCCCUCAGCCCCUACAGCCCCCACAGCCCCCACAGCUCCUGCAAUCACAGGAUUUGGUUCAUCUGGGUUUGGUUCUUCAACUGGAACUACUUUUGGCAAAACAGUAUUUGGCCAGGUGAGUGGCUUUGGACAGCCUGCUCAUAACACUGGAACAGCAAGUGGCUUUUCUUUUGGACAGCCAGCCUUUGGAGCAAACACUAGUGGUGCAACUACUGGAGGAGGAAAUCUUUUUGGGGCACCUACUGCCAGCAAUGCAAGUUCUUUCUCUUUUGGCACAAGCAAUGCCAACACAGCCAGCAGCACUGGCUCUGGGCUUUUUGGAGCAAGCUCCACCCCUGCAUUUGGCCAAAGCUCUGGAUUUGGCCAAGGGUCUGUGUUUGGGAGCAACACCACCACGUCAUCAUCUACAGGAUUCAGCUUUGGACAGCCUUUGGCUUUCGGUUGCUCUUCUGCCACCCCUGUGUUUGGCCAACAACAGAGCAGUGGUAGUGUGUUUGGACAGCAGCCAUCAUCUGGUGGGAGUGUGUUUGGUUCAGGUUCAGCCAAUACAGCAGGCUCAUCGGCAGGUGGAGGAUUCUUCAGUGGCCUGGGAGGCAAACCGACUGAGGAGGCUGCCAACAAGAAUCCGUUUGGCACCACUGCCUCCACUGGAGGGUUUGGGCAGCCUGCUCAGACAGGUGCCAACAGUCUGUUUGGGAAUAGUGGUGCCAAGGCCUUUGGCUUUGGACAGUCCUCGUUUGGUGAGCAGAAAUCUAGUGGGACCUUCACCACUGGUGCAGGGAGUGUCGCAUCCCAGGGCUUUGGCUCCUUCUCUUCUCCGGCAAAACCAGGUGGAUUUGGCAGCCCCCCAGUGUUUGGGAGCCCUCCCUCUUUCGGUGCUCCCCCAGCGUUUGGAGGUGCAGCAGCAUUUGGGGCCAGCCCUUCCUUCUCUAACACCAUGGGUUCCCCGGCUAAUAAAGUGUUUGGUGAAGGAACAGCAGCUUCUAGCAUGGGUGGAUUUGGGUUUUCCUCACCUGCACCCGCUCCGUCUUUUGGUGCUCUAGCCAAUCAGGGCGCUCCUUCAUUUGGGAGCAUGGCCCAGCAGAGCCCUGGGUUUGGAAAUCAGCCCAGUGGUUUCUCAGGCUUUGGACAACAGCCACAGGCAGGAGGAUUCUCUGGAAACACCUUUGGGUCUUCAAACCAAUCAAGUUCACAAACAUUUGCCGGGUGGAGAAGCUAGUUUUAUUAAACCUCCAUGAGCCUACACUAUUUUCUGCAAUCAAGUCCUUUGUGCCACACAGUGAGAGGAAGGCAAGGGGAAGACUGUGUUACAUUUUGGUUUAAGGGGGGUGGUAAAUGAAAAUAAAUUACAAAAUAGAUUUACAUGGAUUUGCUUCUCAUAAAACUCUUCUUUUUUUUAAUGUUUUAGCUAAAAGGGACAAGUCUUCAGGUAGCUUGCAGAGUGCAGUUUCCAUGGUUUUAAUGUUCAAAGGACACAGGAAAACAAUUGUACACCAUACAAACAGAAGACUGGUCUAUCUGUAGUACUGGGAAAAAUAAAAAUGAUAAAAUACCACCCAUA